AUGUUAUCUGAGCAAACUGUGGACGCCAAUCUCUGGUCGCAUGCCGCAUCUCAAGUGGAUUUCUGGUACAUUUUGGCCAUGACGCCGAAUCUCCGUGACGGUUUGCUUAUCCGUCUGCCCAUCGCCCUGCCUGCCAGACCCUUAAAGUUGUACUGGUUUAUUCAAAAUUGA